CUUAACCAUUUGAGAGAAACGAUCAAUGGCUUCUACUCAAAACUUAUACGCAGGUUUAGGAGAAGGGCAAUCCACCACAAGGCCUCCAUUAUUUGAUGGAACGAAUUACACAUAUUGGAAGGAGCGAAUGAGAAUUUUCAUCCAAUCCAACAACUUUCUCCUAUGGAGAAUUAUCAAGAAUGGGGAAGAAGUGCCCAUGAAGAAAGUUGGGGAAACCACCGUUCCCAAAACUGAAGACGAAUACGAUGCGCAGGAUAUCAAGAAAAUAGAGAACAAUGCCAAGGCUAUCAACAUUCUUUAUUGUGCAGUAAAUCCGGAUGACUACCGGAAAAUAUCAUGUUGUUCCACCGCUAAGGAUAUGUGGGAUAAGCUCGAAAUCACGUAUGAAGGUACGAAUCAAGUCCGAGAAGCUAAGAUAGAUUUUCUAACCCAUGAGUAUGAAUUAUUUCGUAUGAAGGAAAAAGAGAAAAUCGACGAUAUGUUUGAACGAUUUUUAAAAAUCGUAAACGACCUUCAUGCCCUCAAGAAGACAUAUACGGACAAGGAGCUCGUAAGAAAAAUCUUAAGGAGCCUCACACCGGAGUGGCGUUCCAAGGCCGAUGCCAUUCAAGAAUCUAUCGGCAUCACCAACGUCACCAUCGACGGACUUAUAGGUAAUCUGAAAACCUAUGAGGCUACCAUUCUUUACCCCUCUCUAGGUGAACAAAAGAAGAAUGGGAUUGCCCUCAAGGCAUCUACAAGCCAAGAAUGUGCUAUGGAAGACUCGAGUGACGAAGACGAGUUCGGGAUCGUGCUCAAGAAAUUCCAUAAGUUCAUGAGCCAAGAGAGGUCAAAGAAAAAGAUCCCGCAUCGGCAAGAACGUGGCUUCUUCCUCGGCUCCUCCACCACUGGCGCACCAAUACCUCAACGGAUCUUUCUUAUGGUUCAACGACCGCGCAGAGGCGACGCGGUUCUCGGAGAAGUUUGAGCACCGAGCGAUUCUUCCUCCUCGGUUUUCCACCAGCCAUUUCAUUCACGGCUCAAUUUUCACCGGACUUCUAGAGCUCUAGCUCUAUUCCCUUCUCUUCUUUAUUCUUUUUAUGUUUUUUAAAUUUGCUUCCGUUAUGUACUCCGCUAUUUCCCUUAAUUAAUUAAUAAAAAUCUUUAUGUUUUUGUUAUUAAUUAAUAAAAAUCUUUAUGGUUU